ACACCUCGUCAGAAGCCGGAUCUUCCAGUGAUUUUCAGUGAUUUUUUAAGUGUAAUAAUUCAGGAAAAAUGGCUCCAGUGAAAUUUUAUUUCUGUUCUCCAAGUCCUCCGGCCAGAUUCAAUCUAAUGGCCAUCAAAUACAUGAAGUUGGACGUGGAAAUUGUCGUGGUGGAUUUGUUGAAUGGGGAGCAACAUUCGCCAGAGUUUUUGAAACUCAAUCCUCAACACACAAUUCCAACAAUUGACGAUAAUGGAUUUAUUCUGUGGGAAUCUCGCGCCAUCGCAACAUACCUGGUUUCUUCCAAGGCUCCAGGAAGCACUCUGUAUCCAACAGAUGUGAAGAAGAGGGCUCUGGUGGACAAUCGACUAUAUCUGGAUCAUGAGCUGCAAAUGGCAUUUUUGGGAAUGGUGUAUCCAGUUUACAGAAUGGGCGCAAAAGAAGUAUCCAAAUCUCAGAAAGAAAAGAUGUACAAAGCUCUAGGAAACCUGAACACCUUCCUCGAAGGACAAAAAUAUGUUGCUGGCAGUGAACUAACUCUGGCCGAUUUGGCUCUUCUGGCAACAGUCGUAUCAAUUCAGGAAAUGGGAGCGAAUGUAAAGAAGUUCAACAACAUUACAGCCUGGCUGAAAACAUUAGAAUCAGUUCCUGGCGCUCAGGAGAAUCUUGAAGGCGCUCAAUUGUUUGCGAAUUUUGUCAAAUCCAUGAUUGAUUUGAAGCAAACUUGGGAAGAUUCAGUUCUCAAUAGAUACCUCCAGAAGCAAGACGUGCCCGUAAUUUCGGAUAACAAGUCGCUGAAAAUGGCCCCGCUGAAAUUUUAUCACUAUCGUCUUAGUCCUCCAUCCAGGCUAGUCCUGCUGACCAUCAGGAAUCUGAAGCUAGACGCGGAAAUUGUCGUGGUGGACUUGCUAAAGGGAGAACACUUGGCACCAGAAUUCGUGAAGGUCAAUCCUCAACACACAGUGCCAACAAUAGACGAUAAUGGAUUUGUUUUGUGGGAAUCUCGCGCCAUCGCAACGUACCUGGUUUCUUCCAAAGCCCCAGGAAGCUCUCUUUACCCAACAGACGUGAAGAAGAGAGCUGUUGUGGACGCAAGAUUGUAUCUGGACCAAGAAUUGCAGAUUGCUUUUGGAGGAAUUGCAUAUCCCAUCUUAGCUCUGGGAGCAACGGAAAUGCCUAAGGACAAAAGAGAGAAGGUGUUCAAGAUUCUGGGGAAUCUGAAUGCAUUCUUGGAGGGACAAAAAUAUGUCGCUGGCAGUGAAUUAACUGUGGCCGAUUUGGCUCUUUUGUCAACUAUGGCAGGCCUUCAGGCAUCCGGUGCGAACCUCAGCAAAUUCAGUAACGUUUCGGCCUGGCUGAAAAGCCUAGAAUCAGUUCCCGGUGCCGAAGAAAAUCGGGAUGGAGCUCAAUUCUUUGGAAACCUCAUCAAAUCUAAGAUCAAUCUAACAGGAACUUGGGAAGCUUAAUUUGUAUUUUUUCGGUGUUGUAUUUUUUUGAGGGGAAAAUAAAGAAAGCGCACAGGUGUUCAAUUUGAAGUUGUAUGAAGCAGAGAUUACAUUCUUAUCA